GGAAAUUUUCAACUUAGCGGACAUUUUGUGAUGAACAAUUCCUUCAACUCAUAAAUUUUUCGUUUCAAGCAGCUGGAAACAUGUCAGAGAACUAUGGUAAAGCAGAAAUUACUUCUUAAUAUUUCAGAAAAUAGCACUUUGUCAAUCAGCUGUGUUUUCGUUGCGUGAGUGUAGCUGUUCCCAGCCAAAUGAUGUUUAGUCGAUCGCUAGUCAGCACAAUUUUAAGAAAUUUAAACUGUUUUGUUUCAUUUUUUUUUCUCGCAGAUUUCCUAUUUAAGUUUUUGGUGAUCGGCAGCGCUGGAACAGGAAAGUCUUGCAUUCUGCAUCAAUUUAUAGAGGGGAAAUGUAAGUUGCAACGUUAUUUGUGUUAAAUAAAACACAGUGCACCUGAAAGAUGCCAAGUUGCAUUUUUUUUUUUACACAACACGUCGAUAUUGAUACGUUUUGCAGAUUUGAAUUACUUGACUCCUUUUGCUUUGAUGAGCUUAUUUUUUGUUUCUCUGUUGUUUUGGAUUUUUGUCUCUUGCUUGCACUCGUUUGUAUGUUCAUCUUAAAAUUGUUCGUAUGUUUGGCAGUCAAACAAGACUCCAGCCACACUAUUGGUGUAGAAUUCGGCUCCAAAAUAGUCAAUGUUGGUGGCAAGUCUGUGAAGUUGCAAAUUUGGGACACAGCUGGACAGGAAAGAUUCAGGUAAAUUUAUCCAAGCUUCUGUUAGCCAGUGCAGUGUAUGAUUUUCCACAUCCUUCAAAUUUUUAUCGCUACGAUUUCGAAUUUCUAAUAUUUAUUCAAAUCCCUGUUAGCUUGUGCAGUGUAUGAUUUUCUACUUCCUUCAAGAGAUAUGCAUACGUUUUCGAAUCAAUUUUAAGCAAGUGUUUUUCCUUUUUUUAUGGCAUUAGCUGUACAUGGCUAAAAUUAGUCAAAAUCCUAUAGCCUUUCCACAUCUUGUUUUUUAAUUCUGUUUUUGUGGGAAAGGUUGGUAACUUAUCAUUUAAGUGACUAUGGCAAAGUUCGUUCACAAAAUCAGUUUCAGCCUUACAGGGUUCUCCUUAUCAGGUGGUAACCAGCUGUUUACUCCUACCACUUGUAAGAGCGCUUAUUACCAUCUGUAAACGCUCAGAACCCUUAAAAAAUAAAAAUUUUUGGUGAGCUAAUCUGGUAAGAAAGUGUAAUAACAAGCAACCAGUAUGCACUAUUUGAAAUCUAUGUGUGCUUUAGUUAGCUAAAACUGACUGGUAUCUUUCGAAUUUUGAAGCAAGAGUGAUUUUUCGCGGGCUUUCAGCUAAAUCUCAUAACAUUUGUCAGUUCUCUGCAUGUGCAAAUGUGGUGUUGUUUCAUUGUUCAGUUUCCACGAUGAAACAGCAGCAAACAAUGCUGUCAUUUCUGUCCAGUAACAAGAGGUCACGAAGAGUGGCUGGUAAGCUUUACAAGAAUUUUAGGGGUAAACAAAACAAAGGUUACAUACUAGUGAUGGAUAAGCAGCCAAUUACCAGAAAUAACGGCCUUGACAGCUCUACAAUUAUAAGAUGUAUAAUGAACAUGUGGGGACAAAGCUAUUCUUCAUCAGGAAAUUCUACUUGAAAUGUGUUUCAGACAACGGUUUGAAAGAAGUCUUGAAAAUAAAAUCUCUCAACAGCCUAAAAGUUCUGAAUUUGAGAUGAUUAGAACAUGAAUUGAGCUAUUCAAUGUGAUUCGAUUUCAUAGCGAUGCAAUUCAUAGCUGACACCGCUGAUUUUUCAGUGACAUACCAUGUAAGUGAUGCCAAAGAUAUCACCCAAAUCAAAGGGAGACCAGUUUAUGUUAUAAGCAGUUUGGAAAGGGCAUAGUCAAAUAUAAUGCUUUAAAACAAAAUUUUACUUUGUUUUUUUCAACCUCUGAACCUAAAGGUGUAUCGUUCACAUUAUGAAUUUUUCAAUGGAGAAUUUUUGAUAGGCGCAAUGUACUGUAAGCUUUAGGCAAUGACAAAAGUUGUGAAUCACCAGCUGCCUGAAGCUGCAAAUGUGCUUUACUGGUUUGAAAAGGUCCCUUACCUGUUGUGCUAAAAACUAGGGAGAACCCUGUCCUUAAAAAUUAUAGGUGAAAAAUUCUCAAAAGAAAUAAAUAUGUAAUACAUAUUGUUGCGUCGUACAGUUAACAUACAGUUAAACACAAUUUUGAGCAACAGAGCUUAACAAAAAUAGAGAUGAUACCAUUUCUCCUUUCAAUUGUAAAAUGUAGCAACCUUUAAGGAUAAGUUCUUAUAUGGAGAUAUUCAUCUGUAACAGUUUCAACAAUACUCAAUAGGUGUCAACCAAGAUUUCAGUUUUACUUAGUGCCAUCCUGCAUUUUUAUCUACAGUUUGAUAAUAUAGAUUGCAAAUUCAUUGGCUCUGUUUCAGGCAGUUGGUAACAUAUUUUCAGGGAUCUAAGAUAAUAAAUUCCUGACAGCACUGAGAACUGAAAGUAUGUUUUGGCUGGGACUUGGCCUAAUGGACAAGAGAGCAAGAAAAUUUGCUGGCCCAGUCUGGAAUCUAUUUACCUCAGGCAAUAUUGUUACUCCUAUAUUUGAUGAAUUAAAAUUUUGUCUUGGAACAAGGCUUAGGGGUCACUAAUAAAGUAUAUGGCUUCUUUCCAUUUCACAAAAAUUUUCUCUUUCCCUCAAAGCAUCUUUUUCAUUUUUGUUAUUUUGAUGAUAGGUCUGUGACGAGGAGUUAUUACAGAGGAGCAGCAGGAGCUCUUCUGGUUUAUGACAUUUCCAGGUAAAUAACCUUACUAUGCUGACUGAGGUACUUGGGGAACACUUGAGAGAGACAAGUGGCUAAUGGUUCAUGUACAACAUGACUGCUCUAGACUCCUGGGCCAGAUCUGAAAGCUUUAAAAGAAAAUUCAGUCUAAUUUAUUUUUGUCUGGAAUAUGACUAUUUGAUGCACUAAAAAGAACACAGAAAAUUAUCCCAAAAAGGCUUUUGACUAAAGCGAUAAAGAAACCCAGAUCAAAAUUUAACCUUGGGUUAGUGCUAAUUGGCCUCCAAACAAUUGGGCCCUGGAGGGAAGUUCCAGCUGACAUCAAGUGCUGCUUGAACUCUGGGAACCUCUACCCACCAGCCUCCAUUCUCGGAGUUUUAAUAGUGUUGCAAUAUUUUUUCUUCGAAUUUUUUAAAUUUGUUUUGCGAAGGGGUUAUGCUUGUAGUCCCGGUCUCAUAGAGCCAUUUAUGAGGAGUAAUCCUUUAUUCCCAUCUCUUUUACUCUUUAAAUCCCAACAUCUGAUUGUUGAUUCUCCCUUCUAACUGCUACACAAUUUCUUGUGAAUAAGUUAUGAGAAUUUGGUGUUAGAUCAAGAUAACAACUUCUACCUGAUGAGUCUGAGUAUUCUCAUCACCUGUUUACUGAAUAUUGUAAGAAUGUUAUAAGGAAAGUUUACAUCAGAGUUGAAGAGUUGAGAUUGGGCAACUUGCAUCAUGCUACAAUAUUGUCUUGGGCAAUCAUUCAAUCAAUCAAACAAUCAAUCAAUCAAUAGUCUUUAUUUUAAGAGGGGAGCAUGUAGUGGAACUGAUGACAUUGUGGCCUUCUGUAAGAAAAAGCUUUAACUAAAAAAAAAACAGUGAAUGAUGAUCUAUACUAGAAAUGUUACUGCAAAAAUAAAAAAAUAAAAAAUAAAAUUAAAAAAAAUUAUAAAAGAUACUCGGAGAUCUAUUAUCUUUUAAUUUGUCAGGUUUUAAAAAUUCCUCCUACUCUGGUAAACCCAUUAGGCUGAAAGUUAUGGCAGCUGCAGUUAUUUUUCAUUAAAAAAUAAUGAUGUAUUAUUCUUUUCAAGGCAAUUGUUGGCAGAAACAAUUACCUUUGCAUAUGGUGUCUUUUUUUUGCUUGUGAUUGCAGCCGUGAAACAUACAACUCUCUGACAAACUGGUUGACAGAUGCCAGAACCCUUGCCAGUCCAAACAUUGUCAUAAUCCUCAUCGGUAACAAGAAAGAUCUGGAUAGUGACAGAGAAGUCACAUUUCUGGAAGCUAGCAGAUUUGCACAAGAGAAUGGUCAGUAAAUACAUGGAGGAAAAGGAAUAGGGCUCAAAAGAAAUGGAUUGUUUGCAUUGUUAGACAAAUGGUUACCAGAAAAUUUUGUUUUUUGACUGUCUGAUUUUUUUUUUUCUAUGUAGAGUUGAUGUUCCUAGAGACAAGUGCUCUUACAGGAGAGAAUGUUGAAGAGGCCUUUUUAAAGUGCUCAAGAACCAUCCUCAGUAAAAUUGAAACUGGUAGGUGACUUACAUACCUCUACAGUGGUUAGGUGUCAGCACUGAGGACCACCCAGUUACUUAGGGUAACUCCUUUCCCCAGGGAUUGUUGUGGAGUGGUGUAUCACCUGCCUGGGUCUCAAGUCUCCUAUUAACACUCUGUCAAAGACAUUCCUGACUUCACCUGAAUGUUACCUGUCUACUAAACUUGUAGUCUUCUAAGUAGUUUACUUAGAAGUUUACUUACUGCAUUGAUGGAUGGUACAACCACAAUAUUUUGUUUAGCUUAAGUGAUUGUGUAUAAUGCAACAAUGUUUUUUGAAAACUCUAUCACUUACCAGUAAUCGUGUCUUCAACUAGUACAUGAAAUGUCAAUAACUGAACACAAUUUUUCUUUGCUGUGUUCUACAGGUGAAUUGGACCCAGACAGGAUGGGUUCAGGAAUUCAGUAUGGUGAUCCAUCACUCCGAAGAUCAAUACGACCUGGGAGACAGGAAGAACGGCAGAAAUGUGCAUGCUAACCUCAAUCUCAUUCCAAUCUUACUACAGUAGUAAAGAAACCUUGUUAAGUUUGCAUAGUUAGUUGAAUACAAGACUUUUGUGGUUUUAAAAAAAGUGAUGUAUGAUAGACUUGUAAUUGCAGUGGGUGCAUAAUCAUCUCCUUAAAAGCUUGAUAAAUAAUCCUGCAUGGUGAAUACAACACAUAAACCUACAAGAUAUUAUUGAAUACUCCUUUGCUCUUAAGUAAAGAUAGAUUACUGAUUCCUUGUUAACAUUUUGUAAUAAGUAUGUGUACAGCUUAGCUGCCAAUGAAUCUUCUACAUUUACUUUUUAAAACACAUUGCCACCAAGGCAGUGAAGGCAAAUCAGAGGGUUGGAUGGAAAAGAAAAGGUUGCAACAUUUUCAAAUAUAACCAAUCACUGCAAAGUAGUACAGGCAAACCUUGAUUAUCCAGAGUCGUGGGGAUUUGGCUGAAAAGUUUGGAUAAUCAAAAGUUCAGAUAAUGUAAAAUAUGAAUUUUAAGGAGCCAAGACUAUAACUGAGUGUGUAUCAUAUAAAUCACUGUACGUCAUCUUUUGAAUUUUCCAAAAAUAUUUUAAAAAGACAGUAAAGUUAACCAUCGACCCUAUAUGACGUAAAAUGAUGAUGUAAAUCAGUUUGUUUUAAGCUGCUUUUGUGUGUAUGUUGCUAAUUUUAUCAUUCCAUGGAGCUCCAUUAAUAGAAUAGCAUUACAUUUGCUUUGUUUGAUGUGAAAAAGUUGUGACAGAUCUCACAUGUUAGGUAUGAAUAUUCACAAAAAAUGGAACCAUGAGUCCUGAAAAAUGAAAUCCAGAUUAUCGAGGUCUGGAUAAAGGAGGUUCGGCUAAGCAAGGUUCAACUGUACAAUUGACAUAUUUUCUGUUUUCCUGUUGAUGUUUCAGUGUUAUGUGAUCCUAUGUCUUUCAAAUGAAUAAUAUACUCUUGCAUGCCUGUAGGUUGUCAGAGUUUGUAUGGAAGAAUACACUGGUAUCAGUUAUUACCUGACAAUGGCUGACCAAAAAAAACGUUAAACAAAGGCACAGUUACUAAAUUGCCCCUAGUAACUAGCAUUUUUAAAGUGCAUGCUGAGUUUGAAUUGUUGCAUACAAAUGCUUUACUCUCUAACAUCAGUAUGCUUAUUCUUCAUACUGUUCUCUAGUUCUUUCUUGUGAAACUGACAAAGAUAAUUUUUUUUAGCAGUCAUAACCUUGUUUUGUUGGCAAUUGUUUCCUUUAAGGCCAGUUCAAGUGGCAGCAAAUUCAAAACUGAUCCAGUCAGUUUGAUUUCCUCUUGAUUGUAAUGCUCUGUAAUUCUGAUUAUGGCACUUACUCCUUCUAAGUGAAAGCCAGCCUCUAGUCUUUUUACCUUGAUGUUUGAUUCAGGAAUGCUGCUUUUAGGAGAAACUAGAUGUUAGUUACCCUCAGGGGUUAGGUUGUUAUAAAACACCUGUGAAAUAGCCUUUUGGUUUUGUGAUUGUCUUAAGUUAGUAGUAGUGGCUUUGGUACAUGCACUGUAAAAUUGUUCUUUGAGGAACUUGUUAAGGAUGAGUUUGUUACUGAUGUCUGGAAAUUGAAUUAAAUUUCCAUAUUGUUAAAUUGUUAGCCUAAAUAGGCACUCAAAGAGUACUCAUUGAUAACAACCCAAAGAUGUCUUUACCUGAUUCUGAUAUUAUAAGUUACUGAAGUUGUCUUUUUUUCAAGAACUGUUAUGCAGUUUCAAUCUUGUUAAAAUGGUAGUGUCGUGCUACGCUGUUUGGGUGUUCUCAUCCACAACAUGGAAUCUAUUUAUUUGAUUAGCACUUGUGAUUUGUAUGCGCAUUUUGGCCUGUGUAGUACUUAACUGAUUUAACCCUUAUACCUCCAUGAUCUCUUUAGUAAUUCUCCUUACUGUCUGUCAUACAUUGCUUAUAAUUUUAGUUUGGAGAAUUUGGUAUUGAGUCAAUGAUAAUUUAUCUACUGAUAUUUUUCUAUAUUCUCAUCACUUGUCUGAGAUUGUAUUGAUAUUGUUAGGAGAAAUUCUGUCUUGCUCACUACUGGGAGUGAAAGGGUUAAAAACUGUGUGGAAAGAAAUUGCCUAGUAAGGAUGUACCUGAGUUAAUGUGAACUUGGGUCAAAUUCUUUGCUGCUUGUCUAAAUUUGGCCUUGCUGCAGUAGUUAUUGCUACAUAUAGUUGAUAUUGAUUUUUUAAAUAUUUUAACCUGUGUUCUUUUUCUUUCUUUCUUUGUGUGCUGAAGACACACUUUGUGAGGUUCAAUUGUUAACUGUUACUUUAAGACAAUGAUUGAGCAGAGAAGAAAAAUUGAGUCACUUUCUAAAAUUAUUUUGAUAGUGGCUAAAACAGUUAUUAAGCUCAUUGAACUACAUGGGGCAAUUUCAAAGACCACUAAUCUUAUAAAAUAGUGGAAAUAAAGAUGAAAUGCAUGAGAAAAGAAAAACUCACAACAAUUUUGGUAGAAAAGUUUUCCACUCCAGGACAUGCUUGACAUUUUGCCACUGUAGCAAAAGUUAAAAUGUGUGUUAUAGGAGUGGAUGAACUUUUGGUCUGAUUUUUUUCUUCUUUCUUUUGGUGUAGCUGCAAAUGUGAAAUGGAGCUGACAUGCAUUUUUAAUAUCACAAACACACACGCUUUAAAUAAAACCGGCACAAAAGUAAUCAUUUAGAAUCAGUAAUAGAGAAUAAACUUGCCACCUGUAAUUAUUUUGGUACUGGUAUGGGAUAAAUAUCAGUAUCUGGGCAACUGCCAACCUACCCCUCCCCUAACCCAACAUUAUCCCUAACUUGUUAUCAAUUGACUGCUGCUGGGUUAGGGGAGGGGUAAGUGGGCAGUUGCCCAGAUACUGAUAUUGAUCCCUGGUAUGUAUGCAACACAAUUUUGCCUAUUUUCAGUGUAAAUAAUUAAGCACAAAAAAAUUGAAUUUCUUGUCAGUAAGGACGUACUGUGGUGUGGAUUUCAUAAAUUUUAACAUCUACUACAUGAAGAAAAGUUUGUCUUUAUCACUUGUUGAGGCAUGUGUACUGACCUGUGCAAGUUGACUUCACCCUUAGCUUUACACCCUCACAUCAGGAUGUAUUUUCUCUAUACUGUUUUGUAGAUUUCCAAUGAGAGUGAAUAAGAGAAUUUGUUUCACAAUCAAGAGCUUCUUUAGUUGGUGGUCAUAUCUUCCAGACCUUAAUAUGCAAUUAAUGGGUGAUAUUGGAAGGUAACUUAGAUGCUUGUCACUUUUGG